CCGACUUCAAGCUGUAGAAUGAGGCGUCAAAGACAAGAAGAUAGCUUUCUUAUUUUUAUAAAAAUUUUAUUGUUAAUAUCCAGUUCUCAUUGAUUGUCAGGUGAUUAAGUAAUAGAAAAUAAAAUUUUAUGCAAUUUGAAGAAAGGAGACCGUGUGUAAAUUUUAUCUUAGAGCAUUAGUGAAAUCACAUUUUUAUUAUUCGAUAUUUCAAAAUAAUGAUAGUCGUUGAAUUGUUUCAAAACAAAUUGACUGAUAGGUUUAAAGUGGAAACACAAAUAAGGGUGUCGUAACAAUGGAUAAAUUAAGAAGAGCUCUAAGUGGCAAUGACCAAUGUGAUGAAGAAAGCGGAAUUAUGACUCAGAUAAUGGAUGAUACAACGUUGAGUUGGUCAACAAGAAUCAAAGGAUUUGCAAUUUGUUUUAUUGUUGGAAUACUUCUAUCAUUUCUCGGGUCAUUUGCUUUGUUUUUAAAUCGAGGCAUAUCAGUUUUUGCAGUAUUUUAUACACUUGGAAAUCUUAUUUCAUUGGCAAGUACAUGUUUUCUCAUGGGACCAGUGAAUCAACUUAAAAAAAUGUUCGCAUCAUCAAGAAUUAUUGCUACACUUUUAGUAUUCCUUUCAAUUGGUCUUACUUUAUAUGCUGCAAUAAAGCUUGAAAAACCGGGCUUAGCACUUGUUUUUAUUAUCAUUCAAUCAUUGUCUAUGACAUGGUAUUCGUUAUCAUACAUACCAUAUGCUCGAGACGCAGUAAAAAAGACAGUAGAAUCCUGCAUUACGUGAAUUUGUAAAAAGGACUGAUCUUUGAAAGUUCCGGAUCAAUUUUCGGGAUGACGACAAUAAUUAUAAACAUUAACAGCUCUAAAUAUAUCAGCUUAGGCAAGCUGAUAUAUCACAAAUUUGUAAAUUAUAAAUUUACAUGAAUUUUCUUUUUCAACAUAUAUAAAGAUAAUUUAUUCACUUGAUCGACUAAUUCAUCAUCAUUAAUCACUUUUAUAAUCAAUUUAAUAUUUAAAUUCCGUUUUUUAAUUUUUACUUAGCUCAUCAUAGUAACUCAGACUACGCUAGUGAAUUUGAUUUUGUAUUAUUGGUGUCAUUAUAAAAAAUACUUAAUCCAACUGUUGUAACAUUCAACAUCAAUUGCAUUAUAAUCUUUAAUUUUAUGCGUUGAGAUAAAAAUAGAAAAAGUACUUUUUUAGUUUAAAAUGACUAAAAUAAUUAAAAAUUUAUAUGUCAUGAUACUAAUCAUGCUUGUGAUGAUAUAGAUUGAUUUUAAAAAAUAUUAAAAUCAGAUGACAAAGUGCCUUAUCUAACCUUUAUUGUCUAUAAUAUUAUCAACGAUGUGAUCAUACUGAUAUUUAUAUUAAUUGU